AUGUCAGACAAACUCAGCCAGAUUGGGACGAAGCGUAAAUCCAUUCCCCCCGGUGCCGAAACCUUGAAGAUGGUGGUCGUGACGGAAUUAGACCAAGACUCGGCUGUCAAGAAAAUCAGACUCUUGAAGAAAAUCCCCAUCGACGACGAUCACUAUAAGAACUGCAAGUGCAACGACACAAUGAACGACGUUUCGUGGGUCCGCCAUCGAUUAUUGGGAAAAAGAGGAUAUGGGUUUGUUUUCUCGGCGAGAACAAUGAAACCCAACCCCGAUAAUCUUCCGCCGCAGGUGACCAUUAAAUGCACCAAAAUGCACCGUGUUUGCACUCUGAUCCACGAGAAAAACAUCAUCUCCUCCCUCACGACGAGUCCUCACGUCAUCAAAUAUUACGGCUAUGAGGUAUGUAAAGGAUCAGGUUUGUCUGAUAUGGAAGUAAGGGUUUACACCAAGGAUAUUCUUAUAGGGCUGAAGCACGUGCAUGGUGAGAAUAUCAUUCACUGUGAUAUUAAGCCCGAAAAUAUUCUGCUGAAUCGGGAUGAGUUGGUCAGGAAAGAAAGUUACGUAGCGAAGCUGGCUGAUUUUGGAUUAGCUGUUGAUAGGAAAUCAGGGAAUGAGCCUAGAUCAAGACAAGGGACACGGUUCUACAUGUCGCUGGAGUUGGUGAGGAAGAAGAUGAUGACUGGAAAAAGAGUGUGGAGUAGUAAGGGAAAUACUGAGGAAGGUGAGGUUAUGAGAGUUAUUGCUGAAAGCUCUCCAAUGGGUGAGGUGCCGGGAUAUGUAUCUGAUGAUGGGAGAGAUUUUCUGAAGAAGUGUUUUGCUCCGAAUCCAGCGAAGAGAUGGUCUGCCGAUCAGUUGAUUCACCAUUCUUUCCUUGAUGUGAUCCCUCCGGAGGUCAUUUGA